AUGCUACUAGUGAAAAGUCAAUUGAUUGAUAAGAGAAAAAGAUUCUUUUUUAUUUUACCAUUUGGUAUUGCCUUUCUAAUUGCAUGUAUUGGUACAUAUUCACGUUUUCUUGCUUUACCAUCAACAUCACUACGCAAAGCAGAAGAUCCAACUUAUCUUACUGCUGCUGUUUGGACAGUUCAUUUUGGUUAUGAUAAUAAUGCUCGUCCAAGUCUUGAUCGUGUUGCAUCCGUACUUGCUGAUACGAAUGCAGAUGUUAUUAAUCUUCUUGAAAGAGAUACAGGAAAACCAUUUUUUCGAAAUAAUGAUUUAACAUCUUAUUUAGGAGAAAAAUGA